ACCCAGAUGAGCCUCUCACUGGCUACCUCCUCCUCCACCCCUGCCAGGCCCAGCAGCCACCAAAGCGCCUGCCUCCUCUGCCCUGAAAUCAUGCCCCUGCAUCUCCUGUGGCUGAGCCUCACCCUGCUGGGGGCUCUGCAAGCCCAGGCCCAGGACUCCCCCUCACCUCUGAUCCCAGCCCCACCUCUGAGCAAGGUCCCUCUGCAGCAGAACUUCCAGGACAACCAGUUCCAGGGGAAGUGGUAUGUGGUAGGCCUGGCAGGGAAUGCAAUUCGCAGAGAAGACCAAGACUCGCUGAAGAUGUAUGCCACCAUCUAUGAGCUGAAAGAGGACAAGAGCUACAACGUCACCUCGGUCCUGUUCAGGAAAGGGAAGUGUGAUUAUUGGAUCAGAACUUUUGUUCCAAGCUCCCGGCCCGGAGAGUUCAAGCUGGGCAACAUUGAGAGUCACCCUGGAUUAACCAGUUACAUUGUGCGAGUGGUGAACACUGACUACAAGCAGCAUGCCAUGGUGUUCUUCAUGAAGGCUUCGCACAACAGGAAGUACUUCAAGGUCACCCUCUAUGGGAGAACCAAGGAGCUGACUUCGGACCUAAAGGAGAACUUCACCAGCUUCUCCAAAUCUCUGGGCCUCACUGAAAACCACAUCAUCUUCCCUGUCCCAAUCGACCAGUGCAUUGACGGCUGAGUGCACAAGUGCUGCCAACUGCCCCACCAGCCCGGAUACCAGUGAGGGAGCUGGGAGACCCUCCCCACAGCGCUGCCCACCCAGCUGCUCCCCAGGCCACCCCGAUGAUGGAGCCCCACCUUGUCUGCUAAAUAAACAUGUGCCCCAGG